UCUAUCGAGGGAAGGACGUUGGAGAGUCGGUAUAGGUGUUCAUUUACAGGGAACACAAUCACAAGAAUAGGUGUAUAUUUACUCUCAACAGGGUGAGCACACAUACACUUAGCUCUUUGAACUAACAGGUGGAUUUUGGAAAGCUCAGGACUGUAUUACCUUGGUUGAAGUCUAGAAUCAUUUUUUUUUUACUCUGCUUUGAUCUCUCACUUCGUGAACUUGGACUUUGUAUUGGUGUUAAUUCAUUUGCAACACAUUAACGGAAAUAACCAGACAGAGUAAAUAUAUAUUUACGAGGCUUGGAAUCAUCUUCCUGUCUUUUUUUGUGUGUACAGAUUUAGGAGAGAAGAGCGGAUCUGAAUUGUUGUUUUACCUCGGACAAGCAAGACAACGAACACAACACAGCCAGAUAACUUCAUGGUGGAGACUCCUCACAUUGAGUUCUUCGAGUAUUGAAUGUACGCAAGUUCAGCAGCAGUAUUGAAUCUCUGUAUCAACUUUUGCCAAGGUUCGUGUGCCUAGCAUUAGUGAGUGUGCCACAUCGUUGCUCAAAGCCAUCGGGGAUAGACCGAACCUGAGCAGACCCAGGAUUUAAAUGUGGAAAUAAGCUCAGCAAGACAAAUUACUCAGGCAACAUAUUGGAAAAUCGGAACGCCAAAUUUCCUUCACCAUUAGCUGAAGGAAGAGGCACACGGGAAUAGUGGAUCAAUGUAAAAUUAGGUUGUGUCCUUGGUUUGCGGAACACAGAAGAAUCGUAUAUUUUAUAGUGGUGAGAAGUUGCCAUCGUGGGUCAAUUUGCUGACCGUUCAGUCUUGCUACUAGGCCGGCGAGGACGGAAGAUGUUUUGGGAAAUAUAGCGUAAAGGGGAGAGACAAGUGACCUGACGACCGAGACCUCCAGCUGCCAAGGAGAUCCGGGUGAAAUCAACAUCGAGACUACUUACAACCCGGAUAGGGUUAAAGUGAGCUGAAUAUGUUAAAACCAUCCAGCUUUUUCAUUCCCAUAACAAUUUAUAUGGAUUGACUGAUUGAUUGGAUGAAUGCACUCCAAAUUAAAUGUAUGGGACGUAUGCGUCCCGCCAAAACUUACAGAGUAACUGUACCCUUAAAUCUAUAACGUCUUUUGCAGUACAUUACAUUGAAACCUUAACUUCAGAGGGACUCUACCCUUUACAUACUGUUCAAACAGGUAUAUGCCGAUGCAACACAACACGUGUAUGAUUGUAUUCUACUGAUGAUGUACACAGUAUAGCCAAAACGCAAUGGAUAUAACGGACUUUGCCUUGAUCCUCGGCUGUCUGCUAGGUAUACUGACUCAAUGUCUGAGUGGACGAAUUAUCCCACCCCCUCACUAUCACGAUGAACUUCAAAGACGCGUAGGCGAUCACGAAAUCAUAAUCCCAACACUUGUUGAUCACAGGGGGGAAUUCUUAUCUUUCGAUGUCAUAAACAGCAGGAAAAGGACUCGAAGGCAUGCUCCUAGUGAGAACGAUGUCGAGCAAGAACACACAUCGUCGUCAUCGUCGCGCGUGGCCGACGACGACGGUCGACCACACCACUACGUUCCUCACCAUGGUCGAAUGAACUACAAACUCUCCGCAUACGGGAAUGAAUUUCACUUGAACUUAACGCUGAAUCAUAGACUCACUUCCAAAGCGUUCGUUGUCGAAUAUUUGAACUCGACGGGGGUCGAGAGGCGACAUCGGAACGUCGACGUGUGUCACUAUCAUGGCCAUAUCGUGGGUCAUAGGAAAUCAAGUGUAGCGAUCAGCAAUUGCCGUGGAUUACAUGGAUAUAUCAGAUCUCAUGAUGGAGAGGAGUUUAUGUUGGAGCCUGUGGACCAUUAUAAAAAGUAUGUGCGUGAGGGGCAUCCCCAUGUCAUUUACAAGCGUUCAUCGCCCCCUCAACAGCAGGAACCAGAUGAGGAGAAGGUGGCAUGCUCAGUUAAAAAACGUGAGGAGAAGCAGGAGUGGUGGCAAUCAGUCAGUGAUUUCUCUCUAGCGAAAGAUGUUGAGAAGAAGCUUCAGGAUCCUGAAUAUCUGGCCCACUACCGGAGGAAACGGGUGAGCAGUCUGAGCACCGAAAGGAACGUUGAAACCCUGGUGGUCGCUGACAAGAUGAUGAUGGGUUACCAUGGGGAGACCAGCAUCGAAUCCUACCUCCUCACUCUCAUGAACAUUGUGGCGAAUCUCUACCAUGAUGGGAGCAUAGAGAAUGCUAUCAAUGUUGUCGUCACCAGGAUGCUACUCCUUACACAAGAUCAGAGAAACCUUAGCUUGAGUCAUCUUGCUGGUAAAUCGUUACAAAGCUUCUGCGAGUGGCAGCAUGCCAUGAAUCCAACACCUAAUCACAACAUGAACAUCUCCAACGACAUGCUGGUGUUUCCUAACCAUGAUAAUGCUGUGCUUAUAACAAGGUAUGUGCCUUUUCAUUGAUUUGCUUUACUUCGC